AUUCGGCUAUUUCUCUCCUUCUUCAACCUGUUUGUAUCGAUUUUCUCACGUCACGCGAGGAAACGAGAUAGCUGUCUCAGCUGUAGUGCAUCCAAUCAGAACAGCUGUAGUACAUCCAAUCAGAACAGCUAUCGAUAAGGCUCAAAAGUCAGAAAACUUCUGACUAAAAAGUGUGAAAGCAUUCAACUUUAUAAUGGAUUGUUUGAAACAGCCGGCGUUUAUAGUUGGAGAUAUCGAUGAAGAUAUUAACCUUUCAUUGCCACCUACUUCUGGAGAAGAAUAUAUCAAACGAGUAGUAAUAGAGACCCAACAAUGUGCUGAUGUAGUAGUGGCCAAUAUAGACCCAUCAUGUAUGAAACAACCUACAAAGGACUAUAUUGAACCAUUAGCAGGAUGUAUCCAAGCACCACCGAAAUUAAGUCCUACCUCGGAAUGGCAACAAUACCAGGUUUCAGACUUCUGUAACAUGAGAUUAUACAUAAGCCAACUGCGAGAUGAAAUGCAAACAUAUAAACGCAAAUGGAAACCACCUAAUAUUCGUCUGCCGGCUAUAAACGACGAAAGUAGGUGGAUCAAUUUAUGCAUAGGAUGUAACAACGACGAGAGGCUUGAGCCAACGCUGAACACCUUGUUUUGUUUCAACCAACCGACUGUACAGCAAGUACUUGAAUACUUUGUGCAUUUCUUAGAGACUCAGAGAAAAAUCGAGUACAAAAUGGGCCAAUGGAUCUAUACGCUGCUUGUGAUGUUAGAACAACCAUUGAAUCCUGACACCUGUUCUUGCCUGCGUUCGUUGGCACGAAUAUGUUCCAGUAUUCGCGCCGAUUCCAGGGAGUUGGACGCGCAGGAGCUGGGGGCGCUGAAUUUAUUCAUUUGUCUGGUGGCGAGAUACUUCCGCCAAUUGGAUCUAGCUGAUCCUUGAAAAAUCCCGACUGUACAUUCGACUAGUCGCGUGUAUGUAAUAACGCAUACGCGACACGAUAAUUAUAUUCUAUGUGUACGUGUACAAUGAUUUUAAUAAACGAACACAAUGAUACGUUG